AUGGUUUAUACGAGUUUGAAUCUAUAUGAAACAGAUCGAAAGGUCGGUAAUGAACAAUUACAAUUUGAUUGCUUGUAUUAUCAUGUAGAUAAUGAGACACGUCUUUAUGAUUGGCUACUGACUAAUACAAGUCAGAUUCUUAAGUAUUGUCGUCGUCCUCUGAAUGAAACCAGUAUACCACGUCUUGAUUUUCCCAAUCAACAUCAACAUGUUGAAAACUAUACAUUUAAACAGUUGCGUCAGUCAAAUACUACUAUUAAUGAACUAAUUUCAUGGAGCGCUUCCGUGGAUCUUGCUGAACGAUAUUUCCUUUACAUUGAACAAUCGAACAUUGAUGAUCCAUCAUCAAAAGAAAUAUUCUAUCGAUGCAAAGAUCCGUGGUUUGGUCUUCGAUGUGAGUACACGGCUGUUCAUAUAUUAAUCGACACAGAUGAUGACCCUAAGGAAAGUUUCUACGGGAUAAAUAACUGGUCUGUUAAAGACAUGAUUAAUACUAACAGAGAGUCAUCAUGUUACGUUCAUUUGACAUGUGAUCGCGGAUCGCCUCUGUGUCUUGAUUGGCGUGAAAUAUGCAAUGGUCAAAUCGAUUGUAUUGAUGGCGGUGCCGAUGAAGCACAAUGUUUCCUUCUAGAAAUAAACGAAUGUGCUGAUGAUGAAUAUCGAUGUCAUAAUGGCUUGUGUAUUCCCUUAAAUUUCUACAAAGAUGACGAACAACAUCCAGAUUGUCUCGAUCGUUCUGAUGAGCCAACUAGUAGAUCAUCGUUUAGCUUUUGUUCCAAAGACCCAAGAUUUCGAUGCGAAGAUCAAGUUUGUCGAUCCAAUGACAUGAGCUUUUCUUGUGCUGAUGGACAGUGUGUUAAUAAUUUUAAGAAUUCAUGUGUAAAUGGACGAAACAACUUAGUAAAAAUAGCCAUGAAAGCAAAAGGAAAUUUGUCUCACAGUUGUUCGUUAUUUAUAAUUUGUCAUACGUUAAUGAUCGAUAAGAUUAAUGGAGACUUAUGUGCAAAUCUGUCUGUUUUAUCCAACGCCAAUAACUCUGAUCUGUUCAUUUGUGAAUCAUUAUUUCAAUUUCCAACUAUUCCUGUCCUCUAUGGACAUGUACGUUUUCUGUACGACAACAAUCAAUCGAAACUAAUACAAGCGGGCAUAAAUCUUAUACUCCCUGAUUACAUUUGUUAUGACGCACAGUUAUGUGAUUUUAUUUCAUUCACAUUUCACUAUCAAAAUUUAACUUGUCGCCAUCGUCAACAAAUAGUCGAAGAUACUAAUCUUGGUUAUGAUGAGUUUUUACUAUCUUUAAACAAUUAUUUUCGUCCUUGUGCAGCUCCGUAUAUAAUGUCCAAUGAUGAACAAUACAUACAACAUUCAUCGCUCUAUUGCUGCAAGAAUUCAUCAAAAUGUAUUUCGAAACAUCGUCUCAUGGAUCGUGUACGAGAUUGUCCGAUGGACGAUGAUGAAAACUAUGAACUGAGCUGUUCUUUACAAGAUACGCAUCGUUUCAAAUGCUCCGACCAAGAUACAACGUGUGGGUCGCCAUCAGUCGAUCCUAAUUCUUGCAACGUAUUUAAUCAGAAACAAAACUUAAAUGAAAUACUUUUCCAAAACAUCUGUGAUGGAGUUGUUCAUCUUUUACCUCGAGAAAUCGAUGGACAAAGCCAUAGUGAUGAAACAGAAUGUCAGCAUUGGCCAUGUGAUAAUAUCUACACGAGAUGUGAUAGUUUUAAGGCGUGUCCAGAUGGUAGCGACGAGUAUGAUUGUCUGAACACUAAGUGUCCUUUAAAUCUUUAUCCAUGCAUCUCACCCAUAAAUUAUACAAUAAUUUGUUUAUUAAUGGAUCAAGUCGCUGAUAAUAUUAUCGAUUGUCUUGGAGCAACAGAUGAACUGCAGUAUUGUUACAUAUCGCAUGCUGAAACAAAUGAUCACUGCUGGAACUUUACUGAUUGCAUAUCUCCUGAUCAAUUAUGUGAUCACUUCAGAAGUUGUCCUUCGCUCGUUCAUAAUAACUUUUGUCAAAGUCAUGAGAAGAUAUGUCUGGAUAGUUCGUAUAGUAUUGAUGAAGCAAAAGAUAUAUUCUGUUCAUUAGCAGAGAACAAAAACACAAUUAAAUACUUUUCAUUGAAGACCGCUCGCAUCUAUCCUCUAUUGGAAGAAUCUCUUUCUGCUGUUCAAUUCAAUCAACAACAAGUCAAACAUCAGUCUUUUAUGAAAAACAUUCAAUUUAUCCCCGAGACUAUAGGAUGGAUACGUCAUUGUCCUCAUGGACUGAGUGUUGUUGCCUGGCAAGGUGGUGACACCGUCAUCAACCAAUGCUUUUGUCCACCAAACUACUAUGGUGAUCUAUCGUGCGUAGGCUCAUGGAACAGUCGAUCUAUAUGUGUAUGUCCUGAUAACAAAAUUGGUCCACGUUGUCUCAUACCAUAUAUUCGUCCAGCAGAUAAGUGUAACAAUAAUGGUCACUGUUUCGAUCGAUUUUACGGCAUUUCAUGUGAGCAUGAAAAGAAGAAAUUAGAGAUUGUUUUCAGUAAUAUGGACGUUCCAUCAUACAUUCUGAGCUAUAUUAUUACUCGACGACCAGACGAUUCAUGGUUUACUGCAAUUUCCAUCAAAAAAUUAAUUCACGAUCAACAAGUCGUUACAUUGUAUAAUGCAGAGGACAUUCAUAUGGCAUUUAUCAAACACUCAUCUGAUUAUUAUUUAGCUGUAAUACAGGGUACAUCUAUGUAUCAUGAAAGUAUCUUGACAUUGAUUACUCCUAAUCAGCGUUGUUUACGUAUCAAUGAACUAUUCAAUUUGACUCUGUUAAGAUUACCACGUAUCCGACGCAUAAAAUACUAUCAUCUACCAUGUCAAACUCGUUUAGAUUUGUGGUGCUUUUCCGAUGAAAUGUACAUGUGUGUGUGUACAUCAGAUAAUCAUACAAAUUGUUUUGAAUUCGAUCAUCAAAUAUCGUUUGCCUGCAAACACAACGAUUUCUGUGACAAUGGUGCAUCAUGUUUUCAAGAUGAUAUCACUUGUCCAUCUAGUACCAUAUGCAUUUGUACCGAUUGUUAUUUCGGUACGCGAUGUCAGUUCUAUGCUAAAGGUUUUGGUUUGACACUUGAUGAUAUUCUCCGUUAUGAACUUCGACGUAAUUUCUCAUUGUCUCAACAACGAGUGUCAAUAAAAACGAGUGCUAUAGUGACAAUGUUCAUUCAAAUUCUGGUUUCUGAUUCUAUCACAAAUCGAUUUAAUCAUCAAUCGAACGAUUCUUCAGUUGGGCUGUAA